AUGGAGAGCAAUCAGAACAUCACCAGUGAAUCUGAACACAGGUUUGUGUUCUCCACGGUCCUGGUCGGGCUGGUGUUCGGCAUGAUUACACUAAUAACCAUCUUCGGCAAUGUGCUGGUGUGCUUAGUGGUGGGGUUGAACCGUAAUCUCCAGAGCCACACUAACUGUCUUAUUGUGUCCCUGGCAGCAACUGACCUACUGCUGGGUUUGCUGGUCAUGCCUUUCUCGGCAACUUUAGAGCUACUUAAUUCAGAAUGGCCUUUUGGGUCCACCUUCUGUAAUAUCUACACCAGCUUGGAUGUCAUGCUGUCCACCGCUUCUAUCCUCAAUCUCUUCAUGAUCAGCCUCGAGCGUUACCUGGCAGUUACUGCCCCUCUGAGGUACACCACGGUCAUUACUCCAAAGAGGGUUACCAUCUCACUCAGCCUGAUUUGGUGCAUCUCCAUCAUGUUCUCCUUCUUGCCCAUCCACAUGGGAUGGAACACCAAAGAGCAAACCUCGAAUAAGACCAAUGAAUGCUACUUGGAGCUGAACACAGCCUAUGCCAUUGUGGAUGCUUUCAUCACCUUUUAUAUUCCCUUAGUCAUCAUGAGUCUAACUUAUUACAAAAUAUUCAAAAUUGCAAGGGAGCAGGCCAGAAGAAUCAACAUUACCAGCAGAAAUACAAUUCUGAAGGAGCAUAAAGCAACGGUAACUCUUGCAACCGUGAUGGGAGUCUUCAUUAUUUGCUGGUUCCCUUAUUUUACAGUGUUUCUCCAUGAUGGGAUUUCAGGGAUUCGAUCUGACAAUACCACCUUUGUUGUGGUGCUAUGGUUGGGUUAUGUCAACUCAGGUAUGAAUCCCAUAGUUUAUGCUGUCCUCAACCGGGAUUUCCGCAUGGCAUACCAGAAGCUACUGUUUUGCAGGAAAGGGAAUGUACGCAGCAAGCACUCACCAUUCAACCACCUGGCCUGUCAGUCCGGGAAUGAACAGUGCCACCAGUUGGUCCGAGUCUUGGAUGAUAAUGAGCCUAGCUCUGACGUUACUAAAGAUAGCAAAGAUACUGGUAUCUGCAAAGAAGACUCUGAAAGGUAA